AUGCAAAAGUUUCUCGACCCCCUUCUCCCGCAACCGCGCACCACCAUGCGGGGAAAAAUCAACAUCCCCUCCCCAAGCGACUCUCUCCACGAGUUUCCCGCCCCCUCCCUCGAUCUACUCACGCAACUCUUGACCCGACUCCCCGGUACUCUCCCCACCGACUCCUGGCUCCGCGAUCAAGCAGUCCUCAUGCAAACCUUCCCCCCUUCUCUCCUGCACCCCAAAUCCAGCGGCCUUAUCUCCCGCGUCGCCGCAUCCCUAUCUUCGCUUCGUCUAGGCGAAACCAAAGCCGUGCUAUGCGACGUCCACAAACCUCUCAACCCGUAUCUCAUCCGCAAGAUAUCUCUCGAACUAACCGCAGAAUGCACCACUCGUCUCCGACGCCUGACUGCCGAAGUCCCUCUCGAACACUUGCCGGUCAAUGUUCGAGAAUUCGUUCUCCGAAUGAAAAUGCUCAAUAGUAUCUGGAUGCAGCCCGAAUUUUAUCGUCAAGCAUAUCAAGUGCAGCCGUGCGACCCGCGCUACGAACGCGUAGCAUCGGGUUGUGAAGCCUGUAUUCUCGCCACCAUCGGAGGCGAUCGAUCCAUCAUCCGCGAUCUCUUUGCCUCGAUCUGGGGCCGCAGAAAGAAGAAUAAGCAAAUGAAUGGCUGGAUCGAUGUAGUCCGCGCAUGGGCAUCAUGGCAAGGAGACUCCGAAGGCUUAACGCGUGAAUCUCAAGGUCUGGGGAGAGAGAUCUCUCGAUGUCGCAAACAUCUUCAGAUACUUCGACGAGAUGCUCGACGAGAACGCUUGGCUGGAAAUCGCAAUCCUUUCGAUAGAGAUAGCGAGGCCCAAGCACUUCUUGGACACGACUACCCCGGAGAGGAUAAAGACGAAGACGGAGAUAUUGAGAAUAAAAUUAUAGAUUUCUAUGCAAAUAUGAUGUCGAGAACAUCUCUCGCAAACACAUCAAGUCAUGAUUCACAUCCGGCAGAAGGAGUCCAUGCCGCUUUCCGCGACACCGUAGUCUUCACCGACGGCUUUUUUCACAACGCUUCCAGACCUAUCAAGGCAAGAAGUCCAACGCUCUACUCCCGCAGCGAAUACAACACUUCUCAACUUUCCCAUUCCGGAGUCGAAGCCGAAGAGCGCGCCAGCGCCUAUCGACAACUCGUCGGAACCCCAGAGAAUGCCGCCGCCGAAUCCGAAUCCGAAGAAGAAGACCAACCUCGUUUCACAAAUCCAUUUGCAGAUCCACCAGCAAGACAUAAUCAACCUGCUUAUCGCGGAAGCCAUUAUGAGAAUCCACGAGCAUCACCUUCGCCACCUUCUCCUCGUACUACGAGACAUGAAAACGAGAAUAGACCCAAACAAAAGCACGCACCACAUCAUCGACGUCCUGACCCUCAAGUAAAUCCUUUCACACGAAAAUCACAUGUUGCUCGCCCUGAGGGUAAGCGCGGUGAUCGAGAAACUCGAGUUAGUGAUUUCAUGAUUUAG